CAUCCUCUCUUACCCCAUCUUCUACUGGAUAAGGAAACCCAAAAACAGAGCCCUUUCUCCUCCUCCUCUCCCCUCUAUCAGCCAUGUCGCUCUCUUCUUUCUCCACAAUUCCCACCGCCAAAUUCCGCCUCAAAACCACCCCAUUAACCCUCCGCUCUCCAUUCCUCCACCGUCUCCCACUCCGCGCCCUCAAAACCCACAAACCCACUUCACUCCACAUCUCAAAAUCCUCAAUCUCCGCCUCACUCGAAGCCGGAGUUGGCGUAAUGGCAACAAAACUCGGAAUGAUGAGCUUCUUCGAGGAAUCAGGAACAGUUGUGCCUGUAACAGUUGUUGGGUUUCGGGAAGGCAAUAUUGUUACUCAGAUUAAAACUGAGGCUACUGAUGGAUACAACGCUGUACAAGUCGGGUAUCGACGUGUUAGGGAUAGAAAGCUGACUAAACCCGAAAUGGGGCAUCUUGAAAAGUCUGGGAUUAUUCCUCUGCGCCAUUUACAGGAGUUUAGGCUGCAGUCUAUUGAUGGGUUUGAGGUUACGCAGAAGCUUGAUUUUGGUGAGCUCUUUAAAGAGGGUGAUUUGGUGGAUGUCUCUGGUACAACUAUUGGAAAAGGAUUUCAAGGUGGUAUAAAGAGGCAUAACUUCAAGAGGGGUCAAAUGACUCACGGAUCAAAGAGUCAUAGACAACUUGGAUCAAUUGGUGCUGGGACAACACCCGGGCGUGUAUACAAGGGCAAGAAAAUGCCUGGAAGAAUGGGAGGCACAAAGAGAAAGAUAAGAAAGCUCAAGAUUGUGAAGAUCGAUGAUCAACUCAACAUUAUAAUGAUCAAAGGAGCUCUUCCUGGUAAGCCAGGAAAUCUUUUGCGAAUUGCUCCAGCCAAGAUUGUAGGCAAAAAUAUCCCCAAGAGCUAGUUUCUCUAUAUUUCAAAUGAUCAUGUAAUUUUAUUCUUUUAAAAUAUGUAGCUUUGAAUUUUGCUAAUUGCAUAGGCUGGAUAAACAUUUCACCUUCAAGUUCUAUUUGUCGGAUUUCUGGCUAAAACUCAUCCUUUACAUUUUCA